AUGGUAGAAUUUGAAGAUGGUCACUCGCUAUCAUCCUCAGUAUCACAAGGUUUUGAGGAUGAAAAUCGCUUACCGCAAAUCGAUGAUAUUGUCAAAUCAUCGAAUCGUACCUAUCAUUUGAUUGCUAUUUUAGGUGAGGGCGGGUAUGGGAAGGUAUUUCAUGCGAUACAAAAUGGCAAAAGUUAUGCAUUAAAGGCAGAAAAGUAUAAAAGUUCAAUGCUUCAUAUUGAGAUUGCGGUGCUCAAGACAGCACUUAAAAAAGGAGCUGAGCAUAUCUGUGAACUGCAUGAUUAUGGUGCAGUGAAACCAGACUUUGUCUUCAUAGUGGUAACGCUUUUGGGCAAGGAUUUGUAUAAAUUACGUAACGAGCAACCCGAUCGACAUUUCUCGAUCAGUUCCGCAGUUCGUGUUGGUUUACAUACCUGUAAGGCUAUCGAAGAAUUGCAUAGUUGUGGAUUUCUUUCACGAGAUAUCAAACCUGGAAAUUAUGCAGUUGGAUUGGAAAUAAAUAAACAACAUAAAAGAUUUUUCUUAUUCGAUUUUGGAUUGGCACGGAAAUAUCUCGACAAAAAUGGAAGACAUCAGAAAUCAAGAGGUGAGAUUGGUUGGCGUGGCACUACGCGAUAUGGCUCAUUGAAAGCGCAUCAAAAGCAAGAUCUGGGAAGACGGGAUGAUUUGGAAUCGUGGUUUUACUGUUUAGUUGAAAUUACUUGCGGCAUAUUACCGUGGCGACAUAUUGUUGAUCGUAAUAUUGCAUAUGAAGGUAAAAUCAAAGCUCGAAAUGAAGGACGAAAAGAAUUUUUAACAAACUGUCCAAAACAAUAUGAUUUUAUUAUGGCACUUAUUGAUCGCUUAAAUUUUGCGGAUCAGCCAAAUUAUAAUUAUAUAUACAAACUUUUAGAUCAGGUACGGGAAGAACACUGCGUACCGAUGGACGCGCAAUAUGACUGGGAGGAAGAGAUGACGACAGUCCCGCAACAAUUGGAAGGUGGGCAAGUAACAGAGUAA